CUGGAAGAGGGAGCCCAGAGCUUGGCCGGGCAGCACAAGAGGAGCAGCCGCAGGAACUGCAGCUUUGUUAGCUUGGGCCGAGUCCAGAGACACCGGCCUGGCUGGUCCACGCCAGCCGCAGACAGUGGCUAAGCAUGGAGCUGUCCCCCCGCAGUCCUCCAGAGAUGCUGGAGUCGGAUUGUCCAUCACCCCUGGAGCUGAAGUCUGCCCCCAGCAAGAAGAUGUGGAUUAAGCUACGGUCUCUGCUGCGCUACAUGGUGAAGCAGUUGGAGAACGGGGAGGUUAACAUCGAGGAGCUGAAGAAAAACUUGGAAUACACAGCUUCCCUGCUGGAGGCUGUCUACAUCGAUGAGACACGGCAAAUUCUGGAUACUGAGGACGAGCUUCGGGAGCUUCGGUCAGAUGCUGUGCCUUCAGAGGUGCGGGAUUGGCUGGCCUCCACCUUCACCCAGCAGACCCGAGCCAAAGGUCGCAGGGCAGAAGAGAAGCCCAAGUUCCGAAGCAUUGUGCAUGCUGUGCAGGCGGGGAUCUUCGUGGAGCGGAUGUUCCGGAGAACGUAUACUGCUGUGGGCCCCACGUAUUCUACUGCAGUCCACAACUGUCUCAAGAACCUGGACCUCUGGUGCUUUGAUGUCUUUUCCUUGAGGGCAGCAGAUGACCACGCUCUGAGGACCAUUGUUUUUGAGUUGCUGACUCGGCAUAGUCUCAUCAGCCGCUUCAAGAUUCCCACUGUGUUUCUGAUGAGUUUUCUGGAGGCCUUGGAGACAGGCUAUGGGAAAUAUAAGAACCCUUACCACAACCAGAUCCAUGCAGCUGAUGUUACCCAGACAGUCCAUUGCUUCCUGCUCCGCACAGGCAUGGUGCACUGCCUGUCAGAUGAGGUCUUGGCUAUCAUCUUUGCUGCAGCCAUCCAUGACUAUGAGCACACAGGCACAACUAACAGCUUCCACAUCCAGACCAAGUCAGAAUGUGCCAUCCUAUACAACGAUCGCUCGGUGCUGGAGAAUCACCACAUCAGCUCUGUUUUUCGAAUGAUGCAGGACGAUGAGAUGAACAUUUUUAUCAAUCUCACCAAGGAUGAGUUUGUAGAACUUCGGGCCUUGGUUAUUGAGAUGGUGUUGGCCACAGACAUGUCCUGCCAUUUCCAGCAAGUGAAGUCCAUGAAGACAGCCCUGCAGCAGCUGGAAAGAAUUGACAAGUCCAAGGCCCUAUCUCUUCUGCUUCACGCUGCUGACAUCAGCCAUCCAACCAAGCAGUGGUCAGUCCACAGCCGCUGGACCAAGGCCCUAAUGGAAGAGUUCUUCCGCCAGGGUGACAAGGAAGCAGAGCUGGGGCUGCCCUUCUCUCCACUCUGUGAUCGUACCUCCACAUUGGUGGCUCAGUCCCAGAUAGGUUUCAUUGACUUCAUUGUGGAGCCCACCUUCUCUGUGCUGACUGAUGUGGCAGAGAAGAGUGUCCAGCCCUUGGCAGAUGAUGAUUCCAAAUCUAAAAGUCAGCCUAGCUUCCAGUGGCGCCAGCCUUCUUUAGAUGUAGACGUAGGAGACCCCAACCCUGAUGUGGUCAGUUUCCGCUCCACCUGGACCAAGUACAUUCAGGAGAACAAACAGAAGUGGAAGGAACGGGCAGCAAGUGGCAUCACCAACCAGAUGUCCAUUGAUGAACUAUCCCCUUGUGAGGAAGAGGCCCCGCCCUCCCCUGCAGAAGAUGAGCACAACCAGAAUGGGAAUCUGGAUUAGAGAACUGGGGCCUGG